AGACAGAUCAUUUAGCAGCCUUCGCCCACUUUAGUCUUUCAAAAGCUUCACAAAUUUAAAGGUCAAUCAUAAAUCUUGGUCUGGCCCCUCCACCGCCAGGAUGCUCUCCGCGACCCCCGCGCGACAGCGCACAUCCCUGUCCCAAUCUCGCCCUCCACCCAGCGUCCGCUCACGAGCAACCCCAAGAUCUACCGCGAGAGCUACCGCAGCCCCCGAAGACACAGAAGGUCCGGAGGUGCCAGGAUACCAGACCCCCGAGGCCCCUCUAUCCAUAGAGGCCCAUCGCCAGCUGCACACGCUCCUCGAGAAACAUUACUUCGAGACAGUAAAGAAACACAUCCACGACGCGGGCGUCAAUGUCACCAUCUCAGCUGGCGAAGUGAGCGACCGGCUCCGUGAUGCGCAAAUCCGAUACCAGAAAGCGAAAGACAAACGGCGAAACGAGGAAGGUGACCAGGAACACGACGAGGGCGAGGAUGAAGAGUAUCAGCGCCUUGCGGAGCAGGAACGAGAAGUGAAUUCUAUCGUCGGUCGUUUGGAGGAGAAAAUGCGGCAAGUCGUUGAUAGUGAGGUCAAAUCUGCCGGACUGAAGGAUGCCUUGGAAAAGCUUGAUAAGGAGGAAGCAAGAUUGCAGACCGAUGUCCUAGGCCAGCGACAACUGCGGAGUCAGCGGCGCGCGACACGACGAGUGGACGAUGAGGAUGAAGACGCUGAAGCGAAUGAAGCCGAACCGGAGCGCGAGCCUACGCCUGUGCGGGAGAUUCGCGAGCGCAAUGCACAGAAUCCGCCUCGGCAGAGGCUGCAAGCCUCGCUGGCCGAGGGCCAACGAAAGUGGGAAGAGCUGUCAUUGACUCAGAGAUAUGCCAACAACAAUACUUAUACUGGAUUCUACCGCAUGAUGCAUGAUUCCAAAUAUCCCGAUAACGAAGCCCCACCCAUGCCACACUCUUCUACAUGGUUCUCGCACAUGGAACAACCCGAUGCUGGCUCUGGCAUAGGUGCCUCUGGUGGUAGCCCCUCAGCCCGCCGAACACGGAACCAGCGACAGCCAUCCCCAGCAGACUCGGACGACAUCGCCAUCGAGCGCGAACGCAUCUCCUUGUACUGCCCCGUGACUUUGGUCCGCUUCCGGGAUCCAGUCACUAGCACCAAAUGCCCACACAGCUUCGAGCACGACGCUAUCAUGGAUAUGAUCGCGCGCUCACGGCCCAUGCCCGGCGGCCCAGCCCGCGUCAAGGCCGUCAAGUGCCCCGUAUGCUCAAUCCUCCUUACUGCGAAGGACUUGGUCCGCGAUACCGCCUUGCAACGUCGGGUACGUCGUGCAGAAGAACAAGAGGCGCGGCGUGCGGAGGAAAGUGACGACGAGGAGGAUUCACAGCGGAAAGUGAACCGGGUGACGUUGGCCAGUGAUGCGGUGGAUCCUGAUGAGGAUGCGAUGGAUGUGGAUCGGCCACCUGGGACGCAGAUCAAAGCUGAGCCUGGUCAGUUUAAGCGGGAAAGGCGGACGAUGGAGACGGAUGAGGAAGAUGAGGAAGAUGAAGAAGAAGAAGAAGAAGAGGGAGAAGAGGAAACCGAGAGUAGUGGAGAUAUGGAAGAAGAAAGCGAGUAAUAGAUGGGCAAUGAAUAUACGCAUAUUCGGAAUCCGAAAUAAUCUAG